AUCAAGCAUCAACCGAGGCGAAGCAGACACAGCAGCAGCAAAUCAUGGCCAAAGGUGUCGGUUGCUCGACGCCUCUGCCGUUCGUCAUGGCUCUUGUUCUCGCCACCGCGGCCAUCACCUCAUUGGCGCAAGACCCGUCGCAGCUGAGCUUGGGCUACUACUCGAAGACGUGCCCCACCGCGGAGCAGAUCGUGCGGACGGAGAUGGAGUGCGCGGUGAAGGCCAAUCCCCGCAAUGCGGCUUUCAUCAUCCGCCUCCAUUUCCAUGACUGCUUCGUCCAGGGUUGCGAUGGAUCGGUUCUCCUGGACGACACAGCCACGCUGAUAGGGGAGAAGCAAGCAGACCAGAACGUGAACUCGCUGCAGGGCUUCGAGCUGGUCGACAAGAUCAAGGAGAAGCUGGAGGCCGAGUGCCCCGGCGUCGUCUCCUGCGCCGAUCUCCUCGCGGUAGCAGCUCGAGACGCCACCAUUCUGGUUGGAGGGCCGUACUGGGACGUUCCAGUGGGAAGGCUGGAUUCCAAGACUGCAAGCCUGGAUCAAGCGAACUCAGACAUCCCAACUCCGCAGCAAGGGCUCGCCACCUUGAUCACCAAGUUCUCAGCCAAAGGACUCUCGCCCACUGACAUGGUAGCCCUCGUAGGUUCCCACACCAUUGGCAUGUCGAGAUGUGUGAACUUCCGCGACAGGAUCUACGGGGACUUCCAGCUGACGUCGAAGAGUGAAGCGUCGGCGCAGGUGUACCUCAGCAAGCUCAAAGAGACGUGCCCUACGGACGGAGGAGAUGACAACGUCUCCCCCAUGGACUACACCUCGCCCACCGUGUUCGACAACGCCUUCUUCGAGACCCUGAUACAGGGAACCGGGCUUCUGAACUCGGACCAGGAGAUGUAUUCCAGCCUCUUAGGGUUCGAAACCUCCCACAUUGUGGAGAAGUACUGGGCAGAGUCGAUCUCCUUCUUCAAGGAUUUCUCGGACUCCAUGGUCAGGAUGGGGAACAUCACCAACCCUGCAGGUGGAGAGGUGAGGAAGAACUGCAGAUUUGCGAACGCCUGAGCUCACCUACUUCUCUACAGCUUCGCUAAAUAUAUACAUAUAUACACAUGAAGUCAUACGGUUUGUCUGAGGCAACAUAAACAUUCGACGCAGAUGAACACCGUCAAUGAUUUAUUUCCUCAUGUAUGAAGAUCUAUAGGAGUCAAAUUCUCAUAUAUGAAGAUCUACAGAAGUCAAAUUCUACUAAUAAUGAGAAAAUUGUUUCGGUUUUCUUA